GAAUGUAAAGUGCCGUCACCUCGAUCAGAGUCCAGUCAGAACUGCUUCAUCAUGGAGUUAGAUCUAAACGCAGCACUUGGGGACGAUGAGGUGAAGAAAGAGGAGGGCACCGAGGUGGAGGGGAAAAAGGAUAAAACUAAAGACAAGAGCAAAGAUAAGGACAAAAAAGACAAGAGUGCUUCCAAAGACAAACACAAGGACAAGGAACAUAAAGACAAGCAGAAGGACAAAGAACAUAAAGACAAACACAAGGAUAAAGAACAUAAAGACGAACACAAGGAUAAAGAACAUAAAGACAAAGAGAAGAAGAAGAAGAAGAAAGAUAAGGAACACAAGGAGAAGGACUAAAACACAAGGCUGAAGUCAGAAUACCUCCAUACAGGACGUAAUGCAAAAUACCUUAUAAUGUGACUUUUACAGAGAAAUCAUUUAAGAAAACUCCAUGAAAUUGAAGCGUAACUUAAAGCCCCUCCACCAGGUGGAGCUGCUUACAUGUCAAAUAUAUAUUCGACGUUGUAUGUCCUGAAACACUGGAAUAAAUGAGACUGAACUGGUUAUAAUUUUGUCAAAUUGUUUGCUGAUUUAAUAAACACUCGUGUAAUAAAA